AUCGUGACUCUCAAACCGAAACGACCAGGAAAGCGGAAGAAAGGUAGCUCGUAACUCUCUCUCUCUCUCUCUUAAGCCGUAAUCAAGCCGUGUUACCGCGCAUAAAAAAACCAUCCGAAAACAAAAAAUUUAAGAAACAAACGCGAAAUUUUUAAUUCCCGCAUGGGCAAAUAAUAAAACAAAAUUAUUAAACAGAAUAUAUCAAGCUUAAAAAUUGGGAAAUUGUCAAUACAUUUCAUUGAAAAUAGCGAAUUUUUUCCUUGGCUUUGCAAGAGAAUCAACAACAACAAAACAAUAGUACGCUGCAGUAAUUAAACGCCAACGAACGAUUCGCAUCGUCCCCCAAAAUAUACAUAUCUACAUAAAUAGCUUAUACAACAACCAACGAUAUAAACAACAACAUAGCAACAAAUUCUAAUUCGUCUAGAGUGAAGUUUAGUGCAUUUUUGGUUGAUUAUAAAACACACAGAAAGUAAAUACAACUGCAACUCAACCAAACAUUUUGAACAAAACAAAAGACUUAAGCAACAAACCUGCACCAUAAUGCAGAGCACUAAAGGCAACAGAACGCGGUGGCUAUCGUUGCAGCUGCAACUGCUAUUGGCCACACUAUUGCUGGUGAAUAAGAUAUAUGCCCAAGAUGCCACAUCGCCCACAGAGUUUGCACCCCGCGUCUCAGCCACUUGCAAAGCGGGCACAAUGAAUAUAAAAGUGAAGCUGGAUGGUCCAUAUGGAGGUGCAGUGCAUGCGCGAGAUUUUCGAACACCAGCCUGCAUGUCAAUGGGCGAUGGCUCUGAUACGGUGGCCUUCAGUCUCAACCUAUUGGCCAAACAGGGAGCGCCCGAUUAUUGUGGGGUGCUGGUGAGCAACGUGAGUGGACAAAAUCGCACCGAGGAACGGUCCAUUCAACUGGCCGUACGUGUCCAUAAGACUCUGGAAUUGGCUGAUGAUAAAUUUUAUGUGAUAACCUGCGGCAAAGCUGGUUUCGGAAGAGAUGACAAUGCCCAUGUGGUCCUGAAAUUCUUGCAAAAUGAUCGCCGCAUUCGUGAAACAGUUUAUGGUCGCGAAUAUAAAAUCCGUGCCGAAUUCACAAAGCCCAAUGGAACUCAUGGUAUUAAAGUUGGCAACUGUAUGGCCUUUGACAAAAAGAAUAUUAGUCUGUCGCUCAUUGACGAAAGAGGCUGUCCCAUCGACAAAGAUCUGAUUACGAGAUUUGUACCAAAUCCUGAAGGCAAUUAUGCUGAAGCCACCAUGUUAUCCAUGUUCAAAUUUCCAGAAGGUUCCGAAGUCCAUUUGCAAUGCGAUGUCAUACAGUGCUAUGGUAUGUGUAUAGACGAUGAAGAUUGCAGUCAAGUGGCCAUAGCGGGAGCUGGUGGUUUCACCAAAGGCUCAGGGGGCCCUCGUAAGGUGCAUCCAAAUGAGGAAGGAUCCAGCAUUGCGGGCACAACGGUAUUUGUAUUAGAUCCAGCAGAAGCACCAUAUACCUCAGUCGACUGUGAAGAUGGCAUACGACCUACAUGGUUGCUAUGGUUGGCCAUUACCUUGGGUGUUCUUUUCCUCAUUAUGUUGCUGAUGAACAUUUUCCUUUGCACGGCCAUGAGUUGCAGCUGUGCCAACACAGAGAUAAUCGAAAAAGAACCCUCCAUUAUUGAAGAAUACGAUCCCUAUAGAAGUUGGCAUGGUAGCCAAUAUGGUUCAAGGUAUUCGUUGCAUGGACGUGAUGCACACAAAGGUUACACUAGCGGCGGUUCAACCAUACAUUCCAAUAGGUCAAUGCCUAUGGAAACUGAUCAUUAUGCCAUAGUGCAUCAACGUCCUGGAUCUAGAGCUGGAGGAGGAGUAGCAGUUCAAUCUAGUGUCGUACAAGGUAGCCGUGGCAGAGGAUCUUUAAAUCAUCAUAGUUAGAAGAAUGCCCAGGUACUCAUCAGCGGCAGAAAGCUGAAUAUAUACCUACCAGUGUAAUUUCCGUAGGGACUUUAGAAAUUUGUCAAAUUUUUGUAUAUACUCUUAAAUAAAAAACAACUAUAAAAUUGCACAAUAAGUUGGAGAAGGAAAAGAAAAAAAGAUAAUCUUAAGUGUUCAAGUGUGUUCAUAAUAAAAGAAAAAAGCAAAAGGCUUUCAAAUCACAAUAACUGUAAUAAACAAAUCAGAGCCCUUAAUAUACCCUCCAGUAUUUGUUAAAUGAAUGCAUCGUUGUAUUCAUGUUGUUGCUUCUAACGUUGUCCGUCCAUUAACUUUUGCAACAAAAAAUUGGAUUUAUAACCAAAAAUAAAUAAAAUCAAAAGAAACAACAAAAGUUAAGCCUAUACCACAACUACUGUAUCAUAAUAUUUCUUAAGCAAAACAAACAAACCAACAUUAUAUUAAAUAACAAUCUUAAAUUAAUUUUUUUUAUUAAAAAUCGAAAAAUCAAUUAUAAAACUGAAAUAUUAGAUUUAUAAGACAAAAAUUUACGAGUAGUAGCUUAGAAUGAAAAAAUAAAAAUUGGAAAAUUUUGUAAAAUCUUUAAUGAUAUUGUUAAAAAUAAAAAAUUUACAUUUGUUUAGUUCUUAAGCAGCUUCUAUUGUAUUAAUUGUAUUAAGAUGAAAAGCGUCACU